GAGCCCAGAGUGCACGAGAGCGUCGUACCUGGUUCACGGGCCGAGCGCGGUCUCAAACACCGAGAAAGUCUCACGGCUGGAUACGGAGAGAGGAGGGAGGACUCGUUGUUAACCGGACAAAAGAGAAGAAAACAGCCAUUUAGAGUGAGUUACAGAACAACUCAGAGGAUUUAAUAAGUGGACCGGAGACGUGAGUGGGACCGUGGCAGAUGUGAGAUGACACCGAUAAAGGAGGAUUAAACUGCAGGGAUGUUAAGAAAAUGAUGGAAGCAACACACACACAGUAAGGAGCAAGUUCAGAGCACAAGGGAAUGGCUUGAUUUGUCACCCGGAGAGAGCGGCGGGACAACACUGUCAGAGGCACUCAUGUUUCUGUGGAAGAGAAACAAAGUUUGCUGCGCUUCACUCGGAUACAAGUCUACUUUCUGAGAGGCAUUUCUGCCCUGACUAUUUCUUAUCCCAGUGGCAGAGCCAGACUGUUUUGGUGUGGGCUCAUAAACUGUUCACCAUGUCCAAACCCGUGCUAAAGAAAAACCACUGGACCUCCAGAGUGAACGAGUGCUCCGUCUCUAAAAAUGCCCGUGGUGACUUGAAUGUGGCACUGCGCGGCGGCGCGGAGAACGGAGAGUUCGCCUACAUCGGGCAAGUUAACGAGGAUGUCGUGGUUUACAAAAGUGGAAACUUAACUGAAGGGGAACUGCUGCUGGAGGUGGAGAACCUCUCGAUUUCCGGAUUACCUUUGUAUGACAUUCAGACAGUAAUAAAGAACUGCAAAGGUCCCGUCAGGUUGAAAACUGUCAGGCAAGGAAGUAAGCUGAACAAGGACCUGAAGCAUUAUCUGAGCCAGCGCUUCCAGAAAUCCUCGCCUGACCACGAAUUGCAGCAGACCAUCCGAGACAACCUCUACCGUCACGCCGUGCCUUGUACAACCCGCACCCCACGAGAGGGAGAAGUUCCUGGCGUGGACUACAACUUCCUCUCAGUGGAAGACUUCCUGGAGUUAGAGAAGAGUGGGACCCUGUUGGAGAUUGGAACAUAUGAAGGUAACUAUUAUGGGACACCGAAGCCACCAGUGCAGCCCCCCGGUGGGAAAGUGAUUAGCAGUAGCGGUAGCGGCGGUGAUGCCCCACUGCCAGACGGGCUCAGCGGUAGCCUGCCAGGCUCGCAGCACUCCACUCCCCGACGCACCAAGUCCUACAAUGACAUGCACAAUGCUGGAAUAGGGCCUGGAGAGCAGCAUCAGGAGGACGACGAGGACCUCCCUGAUAUGAACAGUAGCUUUACAGGAGACUCUAGUGAAUUAGACGAGAUUCAUCACUCGGUGCCACCCUUCGUCCCCCGCCGAAGUGACCCGCCCUACAUUGGGACAACCCCCUCACCAUCGGCCACCACGGAGAGCACACAGCAGACACACUCUCACCUGAGCCAUCCUCCCCCGGAGGACCCACUGGGACCUCUGCCUGACAACUGGGAGAUGGCCUACACCGAGAACGGAGAGGUCUACUUUAUAGACCACAAUACAAAGACCACCUCCUGGAUAGAUCCUCGGUGCCUGGACAAGCCUCAGAAACCCCUGGAAGAAUGUGAAGAUGAUGAAGGGGUACAUACAGAGGAGUUGGACAAUGACCUAGAACUUCCACCGGGAUGGGAAAAAAUAGACGAUCCAGUGUAUGGGGUCUACUAUGUUGAUCAUAUCAACAGGAAGACCCAGUAUGAAAAUCCAGUGUUGGAGGCUAAGAGGCGCAGGCAGCUGGAACAGCAGCAGCCUCAGCAGCCUCAGCCCCAAAGCCAGCAGCCACCUGAAGGUGAGCGCUACAUCCGAGAAUGGAUCGAGGACUCGGCGUUGGCAGGGGCCCCACUGGCCAGCUAUGCUACCAACCACCAGGAGACUUAUAGGGAGCCUCAGACAGGACCUACAGUGCCCAAUGCAAUGGGACAAAAACGAGGUAAGCCUUUCUUUACUCGGAACCGAUCCGAGCUGAAGGGGACUUUCAUCAAUACCAAGCUGAAGAAGAGCCGUCGGGGGUUCGGUUUCACUGUUGUGGGUGGAGACGAGCCGGACGAGUUCCUGCAGAUCAAGAGCCUGGUCCUAGAUGGACCCGCUGCCCUCGAUGGCAAAAUGGAGACAGGUGACGUGAUUGUGAGCGUCAACGACACAUGUGUGCUAGGCUACACCCAUGCCCAAGUUGUCAAGAUCUUCCAGUCUAUCCCAAUUGGCUCAAUGGUCAACUUGGAGCUGUGCCGUGGCUACCCACUACCCUUUGACCCUGAUGAUCCCAAUACCAGCCUGGUUACCUCAGUGGCCAUUCUCGACAACAAAGAGCCCAUCAUCGUCAACGGCCAGGAGGCCUCCAACAGCUACGACUCGCCGUCCAGCCAUGGCAGUCAGAACAACAACAACGGCUCGACCAACGGUGGGGCACCCCUCAACGGCCUCCACCGACCCCACAGCCCCUCGGCAGAGGUGGUCUCUGAUACCUCUUCCCAGCACGGCUACCCGAGCGACGUGGUCACCCUGGCCUCAUCCAUCGCCACGCAACCGGAGCUUAUCACCGUACACAUGGAGAAAGGAGACAAGGGCUUCGGCUUCACCAUCGCCGACAGUCCCGGAGGUGGCGGGCAGAGAGUGAAGCAGAUCGUGGACUACCCUCGCUGCCGUGGCCUCAAGGAGGGCGACAUCAUCGUGGAGGUGAACAAGAGAAACGUGCAGAGCAUGUCUCACAACCAGGUGGUCGACCUGCUCAGCAAGUGUCCCAAAGGCAGCGAGGUCACCAUGCUGGUACAGAGAGGAGUGGCACCUGCAAAGAAGAGCCCGAAACUGCAGUUGUCUAGAAAGGACAGUCAGAACAGUUCCCAGCAUAGUGUUUCCAGCCACCGGAGCACCCACACGGACUCGCCCGUGCACCCAUCCCUGGCACCCCCUUUCAGCGAGAGCAUCGCUCCCCCGCCCCCCUCUCAGCCCCUGCCAGGCCUGCCGCCCCAGGACUCCCCAGCAGACGGGACCAUCCAGAGAAAACCGGACCCCUUUAAGAUUUGGGCCCAGUCCAGGAGCAUGUAUGAAAGUAGGCUUCCAGACUUCCAGGAGCAGGACAUUUUCCUGUGGAGGAAGGACACAGGGUUUGGUUUCAGGAUCCUUGGAGGCAAUGAGCCAGGAGAGCCGAUCUACAUCGGCCACAUAGUGAAGUACGGAGCGGCAGACGAGGAUGGACGUUUGCGGUCCGGCGAUGAACUGAUAUGUGUGGACGGCACAGCUGUGGUGGGCAAGUCGCACCAACUGGUGGUGCAACUGAUGCAGCAGGCUGCCAAGCAGGGCCACGUCAACCUCACGGUGCGACGCAAAACCAGCUACGCCGUUAAAGCAGAGGGAGACGUGCCUCCAUCUCCGGCGUCCUCUCACCACAGCAGCACCCAGGCGCCCAGCCUGACGGAGGAGAUAGGGAAGCGCACUCCGCAGGGCAGCCAGAACUCCCUCAACACCGUCAGCUCAGGCAGCGGCUCCACCUCCGGCAUUGGCAGCGGGGGAGGGGGCGGAGGGGCCGGAGGAAGCGGCAAUGCCGUGGUCGCUGCAGCAGCUGCCACCACCUCCUCUCAGCCCCCCAACGCCACCUCCACUGUCGUGUCCUCCUUGCAGCCCUAUGACGUAGAGAUCCGCCGUGGCGAGAACGAAGGCUUCGGUUUUGUCAUCGUCUCUUCGGUGUCGCGGCCUGAAGCCGGCACCACCUUCGCUGGCAAUGCAUGUGUGGCCAUGCCCCACAAAAUAGGGCGCAUCAUUGAGGGGAGCCCAGCAGACCGCUGUGGGAAGCUGAAAGUCGGCGACCGCAUCCUGGCUGUGAACGGAUGCUCCAUCACCAACAAGUCCCACUCUGACAUCGUCAACCUCAUCAAGGAGGCCGGGAACACCGUCACACUACGCAUCAUUCCCGGAGACGAGUCAUCAAAUGCAUCUUUGUUGACCAAUGCAGAGAAGAUUGCCACUAUAACCACCACUCACACACCUCAGCAACAGGCUGCACCGGAGGCCAGGAACAACACCAAACCAAAACAGGAAUCCUUUGAAUUUAAAGCCCCACAAGGCCCUCCUCCCCAACCCCCAACACAAGUCUCACCUCAGGAUGCUGAGUUCUACUCAGUGGACCUGGAGCGAGACAACAAAGGGUUUGGCUUCAGCCUGCGGGGAGGCAGAGAAUACAACAUGGACCUGUACGUGCUGAGGCUAGCUGAGGACGGAGCGGCCGUCCGUAACGGAAAGAUGAGGGUCGGAGAUGAAAUCUUGGAGAUCAACGGCGAGAGCACCAAGGGCAUGAAGCACGCGCGCGCCAUCGAGCUCAUCAAGAGCGGAGGCCGGCGCGCCCAUCUGGUGCUCAAGAGGGGUGACGGCUCGGUGCCUGAAUAUGACGGCAGCCCCAACGACACCAGCGCAGCCAACCCAGCCUCAGGGUUACAAAACGCUGCGGAAGUGAGCACCCUGCCCCCGACCAACGCCCCAUCGGAGUUAAGCUACCCACCAGAACCCCAACAACCAUCCCGGAGCAAGAAGGAGCCGAGCCGCUCUGCCGGACCCGCAAGCCCACCAUUCCAAACCCCGCCACCGCUCCCCCAACAAGAGAACCAGCACGGGAAAAAACAAGGGGGAAAAGUCCACGGGAAGGACAAGAGGAAGGACGACGGCCACCGCAACCACUCCAGCCGGACACCACCGCAGCCGCCACCGUUCGCCUGACAAG